AUGGAUGAAGAAGAGAGCCAGGUUGAGGCCGGCCAACGUCCGAUCGAGGUUGGGCCCGUCUCGCCUCCCGAGGCAGAGCCCGAGCCUGCGCCCGACUCCCAGCAUCAUGUCAACAGCGACGGCGACGUGAAGCCCCCCGGGCCGACUCCCUCCCCGUCGCACGCCCUCAAGAAAGAAAACAUCCCGUCUCUCCACCCGCCGGCCUGGGGCACCAGGGUCGAGAGCAGUUACGUCGAGGGGUCUAGCCUUGACCUCGACUCCGGCCCACACGCCGACUCCAUGACCGAGGAGGAGCACGUUCGCGCUCACCUCCAAGAUAUCGAGUCCAGUUUUGUGCCUCCGCUCUCUCCCGUGCAGGUAGCCGGGCCUGGGGGCGGCGUCGACGAUACCUACCUGUUUGACUCUACGCGAUCGCGGCCCUCGACGCGGCCACCCAGGGAGCACCCUGUUGACCAAGCAGCUGCGGAUGCGCACCAGGGCACAUCGGCACCCCCAGCUCCAGCACGCCCCUCUUCGUCAACACAUACACCUCCCGCAGAGCCAGACGAUCUGCAUCAAGACUUGUCCAGUCACGCCGAUAUCUCUGCUGCUGUCGCCGACCAUGGCCACCAGGACAUGGCGGAAAGCCGACAACUUCCCGCCUCCAACACGCCGGCGUCACAUGUCGACGCCUCCUUGGCCAUGAGUACGAAUCAAGAAGCCGGCAACACGACCGAGUCUUUGGAGACCAUGUCCUCCCCAGCUGCCGCCGCGGCCAUGCGGACGGCCUCUCGCGCCGUCUCCAUGGCUAGCAACCCUUCCAACCUCCCCGCCGAGGACUCGAAUACCAGCGAAAUGUAUCCCUCGACCUCCAGGGACAGCUCGCGAGUAGACAUCCCCGACACCGACGACUCCUUCUCGGCAAUUGCUCCGAGGUCCCACCACGAUACCUCGGACGCUGAUCUUAAGAAGACGUCCGUGGACGCCGGAAGCACUCCCGGCGCGGCUUUGCGUUACGGCACCCGCCCCAAAUAUCUCCGCAGUAGGAACGCUAGUCAACGGUCGUCUACCUCCUCCUUCCUCACCAACGAGGAUGGGACGAGCGACGUGACCGUGGGACUGGGUGCGGACUACGCCCUUCAGUCUGGCGGUGCUAUACCCUCUGGCGGUAUGCAGCGGAGUCUCAGCAACGUUCUCUCCCGUUCAAUAAGCAUGGGUAGUAUGGCAUCCGGCAUCGAGGACUUGCCGGACUCAAGCCGUGCGCUUGACCCUCUGGAGCCGCUGGAGGAGAUCGAAAGAUCACCUGACAGAUCAUCUGUGCCCAACGGCGUCGAGGACCACCUGGCUACCCCCAGAGCCAAGAAGAACACCGGCCUUCUGGCCCCGACAGACACGGUGAUCGCGAGGCACGUUCGUAACGUCGAGGUGCCCGAGUCCGUGGCCCGAGAAUACCGAACCAAGGGCGUUCUGGACACGCCAACCCAGUCCUACCGCAAGGUCUCGACCGACUUUACGCCCGCGCCGGGCACCGCUGCGAAGAACGGCAGGAAUCUGACGCUCAAGGAACAGUCGAGCACCAUUGAGCGUCUGUCCAAGGAGAAUUUUGACCUGAAGCUCAAGGUCAUGUUCCUGUCGGACCGCCUGGAUAAACUCUCCGAGGAAGGUAUUAAGGAGAUGAUCUCGGAGAAUGUCGAGCUCAAGACGUCGCUCGCCGUGAUACAGCGCGACAACAAGGUGCUCCGCCGAAGGGUUAAGGAGCUCGAGAAACGACUGCGAGAUGAGGACGACAUGAGGCCGAGCACUGCCAAGAGCGGCUACUCGUCGGAUGGACAGUCUGCUCAUCCGUACGACCCAGAUGCCCAGGAGCGGGAGGAGGAGCUACUCUACCUCCGCGAACGUGUCGAGGAGUACAUCACAGAGAUCGAGCAGCUCAGGAAUGAGAACAUGGCUAGCCAGGCUGAGAAGAGGAAGCUGGCAGAGGUUGUCAAGAACAUGGGAGACAGGGCUGGCGAGAGGCUCGGAGAUAGUAUCAACCGCCAAGAGGAGGCUGAUGUCUUCAAAGAGCUGCUCGAGCAAGAAACGGCACGUCGAGAGCAAGCUGACGAUGACAACCGCAAGCUGCGAGACGACAUCUUCCGCCUCAAGCAGGAGCUCAACGUCGCUGUAUCGGGAGGCGCCGUCAGUGGGGGCGGCACGCACCACACCACAAACAUCUACAACAUCACGCGGAAGGGCAAGCCAACUUCGCCGACGCGGUCACGGCCUGUUUCGGGCUUGUCUGGUGAAAUGGAAGCGCCCGGCUCCAUCAGUCAGUCAAGUACCCUGGUGGAAGAACUCCGGCGUGAAAGUGAACAGUUACGUCACGAGAAUGCAGAGCUCAGGAGAGAGGUCGGUGCGCAGACAUCCAUGCUCACUUCCCGCAACAGAGAGAAGGAGAGGCUCUACCAAGAGAUUGAAGACAUGAAGCUAGCCCAACGACGCGGCGGUCCUGCACCAUCGACCAUCGACAGCUUGCUUGACCGAUCGGCAUCGCGCGCCGGUGGCCAUGAGAGGUCUCAAUCCAGGGGAAGUGCACGCACGAGGCUUACUGUGGCGGCUGAGGACCCUGAACGGGAGGAGCUUGAGAAUAAGCUGGCCGAGCAGCGCGACAGGGUCAGCGAGCUGAAGCUACACAAUCAGGAGUUGCAACGCGAACUGGAAACAUGCAUGGAGGAUUUCGAGACGGCUUGUCAGGGCAAGCGAGAAGCAGAAGAGGCUGCUCUCGACCUCCAAGAGGAACUGGACAAUGCGCUGAAUGACCUGAUGGCUAUCCAAUCGGAGCGAGACGAGGCAUUGCAAGACCACUCGCACCUGGAGAGCGAAUUUGAGGUGCUGCGGAAAGAAGCUCAGGAGGAAAUCGACGCUCUAGAAGGCGAGGCUGAUCAUCGUAACGAAGAGAUUCAGCGUCUACAGAUCGAGGUGCAGGACCGGUCCGAGAACUUCAAUGCCCUUCAGGAAGAGAUGCGCAGAGUCAGUGAAGCUCUGGUUCGCCUCGAGGAUGAGCAAGAGACAAAGCACCAACGCAUCGAACAGCUUGAGUCCGAGGUGGCGGAUGCCAAUAAGGAGCUGGAAGAGCUGGAGGCAAAGCUCCUGGAAUCCAAUGACAAAGCUAAUCGCCUUGGCGUUCAGCAGGAGUCAAGCCAGGGCGAGAUCGCAUUCUUGCGUGAGGAGCAGGAGGCAGACAAAAUCCGCAUCGGUGAUCUAGAAGCUGCGAUUGCCAACGCCGAGCAGAGCCUGCGCGAUGAGCGUGAUCGUAGUAGGGAACUAGAUCAGCGGCUCCUCCAGGAGCGCCGGCAGCGCGAGAUCAUUGCCACUCGUGAGAAGGAGGAUGUCCAGCAGUUCGUCAACGAGCUCAACCGAGAGAUGACAACUGCCAAGGACGAAGCACGCCGUCUCCGAAAGAAUCUGACGAGCCGAGAAGUCGAGGCCACCGAGUGGAAGGAGAGGCUCAUGGAGCUAGAGAACAACCUGCGGGAAGCCCUUGGUGAUCUCAACGGAACUAGGUCUAGUCUACUCAAGUCCAUUGCUAAGCUGCAGCGCGAACUUGAAAAUACUGUCCGAGAGCUCGACGGCACAAAGGCCUCCAUGCUGGAGAAGGAUCGCCUUAUCAAGCAGCGUGAUGCACUACUGGAAUCCCUUGGUCUGGAUCAUCGCAAGCUAGGGGACCUGCUCGAAAAAGAGCGCCAGGCACACCGGGUCACCAAAAACUCGUACGAGACGUUUCAGCGCACACACCAGCACGUCUCCCGCACCGUUUCCAGCCAAGACGGCCGUAUUAUCGAGCUUGAGACGUCGAGAAGCCUCGACAAGAAGAAGCUGGCCCAGUUGGAGGCCACCUUCAAGGAACAGCUUACGGAACGGAACAACUUGCUUCUGUUGCUCUGGACAAAGCUUGCGGCCCUCUGUGGUUCAGACUGGACACAUGGUAAUAGCCUCAUUAAUGGAAGGGCACUGCCGAGCCUGGAAUCUGUAGCCACCAUGCUACCCGGCUUCAGCAAGAAUCUCAUGGCCGCUGUCAAGACAAUCGAGGCUCUCAUUGGAGGCUUUCAGGGUCGGAUCAAGACAGUCGAGAAGGAUCUCUGGAAAGAGUAUCAGACACUGGAAGACAACCUACACGUGCGGACCAAGAAGCUGGACCGCCUGGAGACCAUCGUCCGCAACGGUGUGACUGCCGGCGACUUCAACACGACAGCUAAGAUCUCGCAGCUUGAAGCCCAGAUUCGCUCCCUAAAGAUUGAAAACGCUACUUUAAUGAGAGCCAAUGAUGCUAAGACCAGGGCUGUCGGUAGUUACUUCGAUUGGCGCAAUGAAGGUGAAAGCAGGCAAGGAGAGGAAUACGGCAGCCCAUCUCCGAACAUACCCACUGGACCCAUCCGUAAGAAGGCCGCAGAGGGUGAGAACAACUACACCGCAGACCGGAAGAGUGGUAUGUCCAGGACCAAGACGACACACCUGGAGGCUACUACAUCUUCCUCCUCGUCUGCCAAGUCACGCGCAAAUACCAUAUCGCGCAGCGUUUCGACGCCCACACAAGAAUUGGAGAGACAAGCCACAUCUGGUGGUGAUAAUGACAACAAAUGGAUGUUCAGGUUGCGAGAGCUCGAGUCUAAACUCAAGCAGGAACGUGAGGCAAGAAAUUUAGACAGAGCUGCUGCGCGGCAGAGGAUCGCCGAGGGAGAGCGCCAGAAGGACGAGCUCGUGGCGGAGCUUGUAAGGGCCAAGAGGAAGACUGGGGAGUAG